UGGACCAACUGUACCAAACUGCACGUCUUUCCCCUGUCUCGUUAACUGCAAACGCGUUUUUUUACAGACCUGGCAACACCCGUACCGGUCAAACUACACCACGCACACUCAAAACCAAUGGCGGACGAAGUUGAGCAGCCCCCAUCUACCAACACGGUAGAGGAGCCUCUGGAUCUGAUCAGACUCAGUCUAGAUGAGAGGAUCUACGUGAAGAAGAAUGACCGUGAGCUCCGCGGUCGACUGCAUGCCUACGAUCAGCACCUGAACAUGAUCCUUGGAGAUGUGGAGGAGACGGUGACGACAGUGGAGAUCGACGAGGAGACCUAUGAAGAACUAUACAAGUCAACCAAGAGGAACAUCCCCAUGCUGUUUGUCAGAGGAGACGGUGUUGUCCUCGUGGCUCCGCCCCUCAGGGUGGGCUAACCCUAACCACUUCCUGCUUGUGAGGGAGUGUUUGAGGCAGCUGGGAAGCUUAUACCUGCAGGAGAGGGUGGUGCUGUCAUUAAAGGCUGAAACAUGGCUGCGUUCAAACACAUCCACGCCCCUCUGGUCAGACUCUACUGUACCCCCCACCCCCUUCUUUAGCCAUCAUCAGAUACUACCACAAACUCUCUACACUAUUAUGUGGGGCUGCAAGGAUUCAAAACACUUUUCACUAAGAAAGAAAGAAAGGUGAUUUUGGCUUGGACAAAGAGGGCUUAUUAAUGAGGUUUUUGGGCAAAUCAUUAUUAAAUUGAUUUGGGGAUUAUUUCAGCAAAUAGUAAAAUACAAGAUAUCAUCAUUUCUAAUAAGAAAAUCUCAACUUUAGUUUGUGGGGUCGCAAUGAUUAAAACAAAUAUUUUAAAGAAAGAGGACUUCGGGCCUAUUUAGUUUUUUAUUUGGACAAAUUAUUAUGGGAUUAUAGUUGAUUUCAGGCCACAAUUUGAGUUCUUAUUCUCAGGAUAUGUCAUUUGAUUUUAAAUGAAUCAAUCCCAACAGUUUUUAGUUAAGCCAGAAAAAAUACAAUAUUCUGUCACCUUGAGUUGUUCCCCUUUACCAUUCUCUACAAGUGCCAUAUUAGGUUGCAAACAUCAUGGUUUUUGGAAUUUGAACUGCUUCACGUGCGUGUGUGUGUUAACUUGUGUUUGUAGGGGGUAUUUAAAAAGUAUUGCCACACAGCAGACUGAGCAGAGGGGUUUUAUGUAACUUUUUACAUUUCUCAAGUGAACCUUUUUUGUUUGUUCUCAGCAGAAUUCUUGUGAAGUUACCCCGAACCCAUUAUCUGUGAAUAUUUGGGAAGUUUGCGUUCCUCUGGGACGGUUUUAUUUUAUGAUUUUUUUAUAUAUAUUUUUGUAGUGUUUGUGGGACUUGAGAGGACAUCAUGCUCAGAUGUGUAAACAUUUGUUUUCAUUUGGUUUUGGUAACUUUAAUAAAAAAGGUCAUUUGAAAAAAUAAA